CGGCCGCGCAUCGCGCCAGUCUGAGCCAGCCCGUGCGCCCGCCUGCCAGCAGCAGCAGCGACCGACCGUCAGACACCACACAUCACGCAUUCGCCCGCGCGCACUCGGUGCGAGAAGUCGUCGGCCCGUCGUCCGCAUCAGCAGCGCAUCGCCGUCGCCGUCCUAGGUCCGCGCGCGCCAGGGUGUCCUACCGCCACUGUCGCCGCCGCCCGCGCUGUCCCAGAGCCCCUCGCGUCGAAAGUGCGCGCCCCACGGAGUGCCACCGCCGAGCGCCCCAGGAUAACGCCGUUUGACAUCAGGACAGCGCACGAAUGUUAGCCAAGGUGUGACGAGAACGUAUGGCCUGCCGUCGCGGCCACAACAAUGGUGAAGACGUUCCAGGCCUACCUCCCGCAAUGCCAUCGCACCUACUCGUGCAUCCACUGCCGGGCUCACCUCGCCAACCACGACGAGCUGAUAUCCAAAUCAUUCCAAGGCAGUCAAGGCCGAGCGUACCUCUUUAAUUCGGUGGUAAACGUGGGUUGCGGUCCUGCCGAAGAGCGCGUCUUGCUCACUGGGUUGCAUGCAGUCGCCGACAUUUACUGCGAGUGCUGUAAGACGACCCUAGGUUGGAAAUACGAACACGCGUUCGAGUCAAGCCAAAAGUACAAGGAAGGCAAAUUCAUCAUCGAGCUGGCGCAUAUGAUCAAGGAGAACGGAUGGGAAUGAUCGACGCGCCGGCUGUGAUCUCACGUCGUCGUCGUGCGAUGAACAAUCGAGUACAAGCGCUGCCGCCGCCGCCGGAGACGCUCGCCACGACCAAACGCGAGGCGUCCCCGUUGGCGCGCGCCGCCGGAGUGUGUACGAUUGGCAUUGUAAUUACUUAACAUUGAUAACACGAUAAUCAUUGGCGUGAAUGCGUGUUUGAGGUCCUUAAUAUAUGUGUAUUUGGGCGCGUGAACGAAUGCGAUUAUUGCUGGCGCGUGUUGUUGUUGUGUUGCAUCAGGAACGCACCGACGACCAUUCUGGCGAUGGCAACGCGGCCGAGCAAACGGGUGCAAAACAAUCAAAUUCACUAGGAAUUGAUAAGGCGAGCGAUGAAAUCGUUUCAACUUUGCUUAAACUAAUUCGGGAAACAAUGCGAGAUUGUCUCAAGACGCGCAGCGUGAAUGUUUUAAACAAAACGAAUACCAAACACAAAACUCUAUAAUGCAUUGUCCGCGAUCAGUUCGAAUGGUUCGAAUAGCGCGCGCGCGCGCGCAUACGCUUCCAUCGAAGCCUCUGAUUUCGAUUUUCAAAUUUGUAAAUAGCUCUCAAAAGCGAAAACAUGCUCCAGCUUCUUCCACACGAAGAUGAUGCGCAUGCGCAAAAUGAAUGCAGCAAAAGCGAAUGUAACAAACUGUGGUAUGAAACUGUGUUAAUCUAAACUUAUAUAUUGAAGCAAAAAAACAAAACAAACAAGCAAACAAGAAAAAUAAUGAAGAAGACGAAGAAGAAGUUAACAAGCAAACAAAACAAAAACAAA